AUGCCUGCAUCAGUUUCUGCGCCCACCGAUCGUCUGAAGGAGGCAACAUCGUACAUGCAGUGGCUUGCGAGUGUGUCAAAGGAUCCAGGAACAAGCACAAGUGAUCAAGGGGGAAUGAACCUUGGAUACAUUGGUGGCAAGGAGGUACUGGAAGAACACCAGCCUGCACAAUUUGUCCAGCUACAGCAGCAGGAUAGAUGGCCAGGUGGGACGCCACUGAAGACACCACAAUGGAAGCACACACGAACAAUCUGUUGCCACUCUACAGGAAAGGGAAACAUGGAGGCAGAGGCAGUUGGAAGUGAUCAGCCCUGCAUCGACACCAACACAGAACUACUGCACAAGAAGUAUGGCAGGACUCAGGCACCACCAAGUGGGUGA